AAAACAAAUGUACUUCCGGUAGUAAACUAGAUGAAUGAAGAAAUUUAACUCAGGUCCAAUUUGGACAGAAUAUGACAUCAAGACGGUCUUCAGGAUAACUAGAGGGUGAUGAAUCAGAGAUAAGUUUUCCCUACUUCAGAUGUUCCUACCAAAUAUUGUUAUGUCUCAGUAAUUCGUUAGGUGUUAACGAGUAUGUCGGAGAGGAGAAGUGUUCCUCUGCCUCCAAAAGCAGCUGAGACUGAAAGAAUCUCUAAAUUGAUUGGUCAGCAGAGAAGAUGGUUUCAUCCCCACAUUUCGGGUGUGAAGGCUGAGGAAUUAUUGAAGGAGCGGGGGUAUGAUGGCAGCUUUUUAGCCAGACAUAGCACAAGUAGUCCUAGUGACUUCACACUCUCUGUAAGGAGGAAAUCUGAGGUGACCCACAUUAAGAUCCAGAACAAUGGGGAGUUCUACGAUCUGUAUGGGGGAGAGAAGUUUGCUACCCUGGCAGAAUUGGUGCAGUAUUAUAUGGAAAAUCAGGGACAGCUGAAGGAGAGGAAUGGGGAGGUCAUUGAGCUCAAAUAUCCCCUCAACUCAGAGGAUCCCACCACUGAAAGAUGGUUCCAUGGUCAUAUAUCUGGGAAAGAGGCAGAAAAGGUGCUGAUGGAGAAAGGGAAAAAUGGUAGCUAUUUAGUGAGGGAGAGUCAGAGCAAGCCAGGAGAUUUUGUCUUGUCCGUGCGGACAGACGAUAAAGUGACUCAUGUUAUGAUCUGCUUCCAUGAUAAAGAUGAAACUUACGAUGUUGGGGGUGGAGAGAAAUUCAAAAGCCUCACAGAUCUUGUGGAGCAUUACAAAAAGAACCCCAUGGUGGAAAAACUAGGAACUGUGGUGCAUUUAAAAAUGCCUUUCAAUGCCACAAGAAUAUCUGCAUCAGGAUUAGAAAACCGAGUCAGGCAGUUAGAGAAGGAAAAGGACAGUACAAACAACAAAAGUAAAGGGGGUUUCUGGGAUGAGUUUGAGCAAUUACAACAGAUGGAAGUGCGUCACUUGUACAGCAGAAAGGAGGGACAGAGGAUAGAAAACAAACCUAGAAACAGAUAUAAAAAUAUCUUGCCAUUUGAUCAUACAAGGGUUGUUUUAAAGGAUGGUGACCCAAAUGUCAUAGGAUCUGAUUACAUUAAUGCCAACUUCAUCACAAUGGAUGAAGACUCAGCAGACCCCAAUAAGAAGAGUUUUAUAGCUACACAGGGUUGUCUCCCUGGAACAGUGACAGAUUUCUGGAGAAUGAUCUGGCAAGAGAACACAAGGGUCAUCGUCAUGACAACAAAAGAGGUUGAAAGGGGAAAGGUAAAAGCUGUGAGAUACUGGCCUUCACCUGAUGACCCAGAUGAUAUUCUUGAAAGAAUGUUUGAGUCUCAUGAUUCAAAGAUUUAUGUCAAAUUCAUUUCCCAGAAGAAUGAGACAGAUUACAUCAUAAGGGAACUGGAAGUCUGGAAAAUAAAUAAUGCAGAUGGCAAGAAGGAAGAUGUCAGACGUGUUUACCAGUUCCAUUUCUUGACUUGGCCUGAUUAUGGUGUACCCUCUGAUCCUGGCUGUGUCCUUAAUUUCCUAAAUGUGGUCAAUGCCCAGCAAGAGAAGAUCAAGGAUGCUGGUCCUAUUGUGGUUCACUGCAGUGCUGGCAUCGGUCGUACAGGGACGUUCAUAGUUAUUGACAUAAUACUCAACCAGAUCAAGAUGUAUGGCCUGGAGUGUGAAAUUGAUAUCCAGAAGACGAUACAGAUGGUUAGAUCUCAGAGGUCAGGUAUGGUGCAGACAGAGGCCCAGUACAAGUUUGUCUAUAUGGCAGUACUUCACUACCUAGAAACAGAGCAGCAGCGUAAACGUGCAGAGGAGCAAUCUGUGGGAAGAGAGUACACCAACAUACGUUACACCGCUAACCUAGAGUCAGCCAACAAGUCUCUGUCUGCUAGUACUAAGGGUGCAGUGCCACAGCUACAACAGUCCACAAAGAGGAAGGAGAAAGAUCUACCUAAACUACCACCAGCAGAGGACAGUAGACAGAUAUAUCAGAACAUAGGAUCUGUUGGCUCCAAAUAAAAGUAGACUGCAAUGUGAAAACAGAGAGUACUUCAGUCACCAUACAUCAUGCAUCAUUGACCAGGGAAAUAAAAAAAAAACCAAGAUGGUGUACACUACAGAAGAUGACAAUAUCUACAAUUGUGUAUUUUCUUGACAUUGUGUAAAUGCAGAAAAUAUGCUUCUUCUGAUGGGUCUCAGCUGGCAAAUAUGCCUUUAUAAAGUAGAGGAUUGGUAUACAUGUAUAAAUGUGCAACUGAAUCCAGAAAUGAUCAUUGUCUGUCUGAAAAAGUGCAUCAUAGCUGAUUCUUGUUACUUGACAAAGUUAAGUAAUGGUUCAUCCUUUCAAAAGAUUUACUUAUAGUUUGUUGGGAUAAAUUAUGUAUAAUUUAGGUAUAAAAUAGGAACUCAAGUUAAUUUUCCUGUUUUUAUAUUUUACUCUAUAAAUAGCUGAAUAUUUGGCAUGAUUUGUAUGAGUAAACUUUCCCCCUGAAAGGUAGUGUUUAUAUUUUCCAAAACAGAAUUAAAACUAAUAUAUGACAGACACAAGAAAAAAAAACUUGAAUUUUUUGGCUUUACAAAUGUAUGAUUAAAUAAAUAACAGGCUGUUUUGACUGUAAUUAACUUAAAGAUUAAGACAAAGAUGUUGGAGAGUCAUGAAUAAGGUCUCUUUGUUACGUUUUGUAUGUGUUCUAUGACUGAUGUUAUGAAAUUCCUUUGUCAAAAUCGAGUUAUGUAUUGUGUGUUAUUUAUAUAUUGUUAUAAAUAUACUUGUUCAUCAUGUGCUAUAAGGAGGAGAUGCUGUUAUGUUUAAUUUUGAACAAUGUUUUAAACUCCAUUUCUCUUUGUUUAAACCCUACCACAGUUUUUCGUUCAAGGGAGAGGAGAUGCUCACAAAAUUUCAUGAAAUUGCUUUUGCUUUUAGAAUGAAAAUGAAUAAUUAUUUCAUACAAAUUAGAAAUUGUUCAGUUUAUACAUGUAGCUCACUUUAUCUGAGGAAUUCAUUUAGUAUGCAAAAUAUUUUUCUUACUCAUUAACAGUCUCGGCUUAUCAUAAAUUAUUGUUACUUAUACAGUGUCAAUCUUUUUUUUGAUUUUGAAAUGUAAUAAAUUAUUAAUGCAUACAUCGUCUGUCAUGUAAUUUUGUCCUAAAUUUUGUGGUAUUCGUAUAUUUUUUUAAGUUUGCUGAUCAAACACUAUUGUCAUCAUCGUCUUCGUUUGUUUAAUGUAGCUAUAAAAGAAGAUAGAUACAGCUGGUAUGGGUUUAAAAGUAUUUUUGCUUGGUUAGCUUGUUUGAAAUGAAAAAUAGAUAUAGAUGUUAUUGUUUAAGAAGCUUCAAUUCAAAAAUUGUAUGCUUAUUUAUAAUGAAGUUUAGUGCUGUUUCAUCUGUACAUGGUGGAUUUUUUCCCUCAACACAGCAAAUGAUAUGCUGCUGAUUCAAAUCAAAUUAGCUGUUUUUUGUUAUCUUUAUAGAUUAAAGUCGUGAAAAUUCAAUCUAGUGUAAAAUCAGCUUUACACAGCAUAUAAAAAAAAGAGUGUUUUACUCCAACAUGGCAUCAUAUUUGCAUAAUUAUAUAAUCAAUGUUUUAAAAUUCUUCAUGUAAAGAACUUCUUCUUUAUGCAUUGUUUUCUUUCAACAAUAGCAAGAAAGAAUAAAAAAAAUAGAAUUGAUUUUCUGAAUCAAUUUUUAUAUGUAUUAUGAAUUAUGAAAAAAGGUUUUUAAACAUGCCUAUAUUUUGAAAUUCAGGUUAUUUACCAUGUAAAAUAAUUUCGCUAUUUUGUAUAGAUUUAUGAUAAAAAUGGCAGACAUACAGUUGAGUAUUUUACGGUAUAUACUGGUAUUGAGUUGGUAUAUUUGUCCUAUUGCUAUCAAAAUUUUCAUAUUGCACUAAUGAGCAAAGUUAAUUUUCUGUGCUUAUUGAAUCUGAAAAAUAAAUACAAAUAAUCAAAAAAAAAAUUGAAAUUUGAAAAUAACUUGUAUACAGAAGUAUAAAAGCUCUGUUGAAUUGUUUCCCUUUCGUAUUCAAACUGUAGUGUUCUUAGUUUGACUAUGGUCUGAAAUGGUGCCUACAUGCAUAUGUAUAUCAAAAAUAUUCUCAUGGCUGCAAAAAAUGGUAUUGUGAUUAAUAUUCAGUGUUUUAUUGUCAUCAUCUGUCACUUGAUGAAAUCAGUAAUAAAUGUUACAAUAAAUUAA